AUGGCCCUGUCUGAUACCAAAACAAUGUCAACUUUACUAUCCCCAAACACCACCGCUGUUCCGCUGCUGACCUCUUCGAGCACAAUAAGGGACAAUGUCACAACCAGGACGACACUCAUGACUGUUACCGUCCCGGCCAACGAGAGCAACAUCUACAAUACCACCGCAUUCUCAGAGGUGGUGAUGGAGGGCUCGGGGAUGGGAAUGGUGCUCGUGCCCUUUGGCAUAAUCACUGUCCUCGGCUUGGCGCUCACUUUAAUGCUGUACAUUCGGAAAAGGAAGCGUUUGGAGAAGCUGAGGCACCAGCUGAUGCCGAUGUACAACUUCGACCCUGCCGAAGAACAAGACGACCUGCUGGAACAGGAACUGCUGGACCACGGCCGGGAUGGCACACUUGCCGGUCCCAAUGCCAAGACUCUACGAACCUCGCAGGGGACCACCCAGAGACCCAGUCGCCUGGUCUUCACAGAUGUAGCCAAAGCUCUCAAUGCUUAA